GCCACGGCUUCGACUGCACCGAGUACCUCGGGAGAAACUGCUCCAACUUCGGACGAGCAGCCAAAAACUCCUUGUACGAUUGAACGCAAAAUGGCCCAGCAGAUGUCUGACACAUUCACACCAGCUUGUGACAAGCAAGGAAACUAUGCGGACGUGCAAUGUUUUGAACACAAGGGGUAUGGAAAACAGUGCUGGUGUGUCGAUCAGAAUGGACACGAACAGAAAGGAACCCGUGUCUAUGGUGACGAACAGCCAUCUUGUGCAUCACAAGCCAAACCAGAAACUCAGUGUGAAAAGGAGCGCAAGAUAGCGAGCUCUGCAGCCGUUCCAAACAUCUACAUACCCGCUUGCGACAACCAGGGAAACUUUGUUGCAACGCAGUGUUUUGACCACGGUACGUACGGGAAACAGUGCUGGUGCGUCGACAAAUCUGGACAGGAGAUCAAAGGAACAAGAACUCACGGAGGUUCUGAACCCACUUGUGAAAACGCUCAACCAGCUGUAGUCAAACCAAUGACUUGUGAUCAGGGACCUUAUGGAUGUUGUUCGGAUGGCCUUACACCGGCUAAGGGACCAAACAAAGAAGGGUGCCCUGUGGUACUACAGAAAACGACCCCCAAGCCAUCCAAAUGCAAAGAAGAACAAGCAAAGGCAUCAUUGGGUGUGAUGGAUAUUUUCAUUCCUGAGUGUAAACCCAAUGGACAGUACAAUGAGGUUCAAUGCUACACGUUUCCUGUUACCGGCAAGACCCAAUGUUGGUGUGUUGACGUCGACUCGGGCGUAGAGCAAGCAGGAACAAGACUUGAUGAAAGGCAGCCCAAUUGUCUGCAAAGUACCACGACUAGUGCUCCAGUCACGACCCCUGCUGUUCCU